AUGGACCAUCUACCACAGCUCCAAAAGAGAUCUAGCUUCCGCGUUGAAGUCCGUUUUCUUGAAGAUGCCCGUUUUGCCUAUGAUCGCAACGGCCUUGAAGGCUUUCCCAGGCGAUGCAAAUUCACAUUCGCAAAGCCUCACGACCUCCAAACAUGCUGGGAGUCGUCGAAAUUCUUCCAGUCUUGGCUCUUCUUUGGCACUCUGGACGAGAUCUUCAAGGUGUACAACAUUACGAUCCAGCGGGACGACUUUGUGAGUCGCGCUGAGAAUGGCCACGCCACCAUCACGACGAAGUGCCUCCAAGACUACAUCGCGGCAUGGAUUGUCUCUGCCAGCCGCGAAUAUCCCGGCUGCCUCGACAGUUCCAAGCUCCACUCUACUGCAAGAGAGGUCGGGGACUACAUCGGCUCCGUCGCUGGCCAAGCGGUCGCCUCUCUCAUCCGCGUCGCUCGUCGUGACCCUACUCCCAUACCCAGUGCGAUGGCAGUGCUACACAACAAGCGGCAGUUAUGGAGCGAGGGCAUGGAAAGUGCAAAAGUGAGGGCGGCUAGUAUCUGGCGCGUGCUGGAUACUGCAGCUACUGAAUUGCGCAACUUUGGUCCGCUCAGUCGUGGCAUUGACGCCGCUGUGUGGGACUCGGUCCUCGUUCUCUGUACUACUCUGCAGACAGCAGCAUUCUUUAUCUACCGUGCCAUUCCACUAGAUGCGUCGUUCACAGUCCCCUUCAACAAACUACCGGCGCGGCUCAGCCCUCAAAUUUUCCUUGAGAAUGGCUGGUGCCCGCGUGAACUGAAAAUAAUUUCCGACCUCGUGGAAGGCGACCAUUGCGCCCUCCUUCUCUGUGCCCAGCUCGACCGCCGUCACAACCUCGACCACAGCAAGUGCAGCGCGGGCAAGUGCGAGGCGUACAAAGUGGACCUGGCGACGUACCAGACCCAGCACCAUCAAGACUGCCACGCGAGGAGCAAGCUGCUUGAGACUAUCAUGUGCGAUCAAUCCCGGCUGUCGCCGUCCCGCCCAACUCCCAUGGCAGCGUAUUGUGAGGGACAACUGCGGCUUGUCCCCGUGUCCGUCCGGCAGCUGCUCGGUCACCCGUUUGUGGCUAUCAGCCACGUCUGGGCGGACGGACUGGGGAAUUCAGAUGCGAAUGCGCUCCCCCGGUGCCAACUUGAGCGUAUACAAAAUCUAGUGGACAAACAAUUUCCUAAUAAAAAAGGCCCGGUUCCGUUUUGGAUGGACACGCUUUGCAUCCCAGUGACCAAGGGUAAGCCAUCAGUGUACGGGGAGGCAAAGAAGAGUGCAAUCAAAAACAUGGAGGGCGUUUACAAAUCCUCAACCAAGGUCCUUGUCCUGGAUCGUACCCUGGCCGGUGUGCUCUCUCAUGACAUGUCCAAGGAAGAGAUCGGGCUCCGAAUCAUGUGUUCCGGCUGGGCGCGUCGCCUGUGGACGCUCCAAGAAGGGCUCUAUCAGGCCCAGGUUCACUACCAGUUUGCAGACACCACCUACACCUUUAACAAUCUAAACAAGGCUGUGCGCCAGACACACGCCUUUCCCGCCCGCAGUGUGACUAUUCCGGAGACCCAUUUGCUGCGCAAACGCCUUGCUAACCCGCCACAGUGUGCGGCUGACUACGAGCCACUGGCAUGCUUCGCGCACAAGGCGCUGAGCUGUUGUUGGACCCGCAUCUCGUCCUUCUUCAAGGAACUGGACAUCAAGUACAGCCAGCCAGACCCUAAAUGGUUCCCAGGCAUGCAGCUCGUUCCUGGCAUGACCGUUUUAGUCCCACGUGCAAUGCGGACAAUCGCAUACCGCACUACCAGCCGCAGCGAGGAUGAAAGCCUUAUUCUCGCUAGCCUCACCAACUGGCGUGCCGGCUCCGUCGAGCCUCUGAUCGAAGUGCCAGCGGAGGAGCGCAUGCGAGUCUGUUUUAAGACGUUCGCCCUUGUGCCCAGCCAGCUUAUCUUCCUCGACCAGAAACGCUACGAGGACACUGGCGCACGUUGGAUUCCGAAGUCUCUACUUGCCCAGUCCACCAAACUGUCCGGCUUCAUCUAG